AUGGACUACCACGCGGUCUACGAUCUGACUAGAUCAAGCCCCGAGCCCCCAAACCAGCCUCAAACCAAUAUCGAACCUACCCUUCCCACGCCCUUCAAGAUCAAUCUGAAGGGCAAGCAUGUUCGGACCCCCAACUACAAGUCGAUGAAGAGCUAUGCCCCAGCGCCACAUAUCUCCUCCCAACUCCCGCCUCUGACCACACCGACCUCUCGAAGAUUGGCCGCUGCGGAAUCCUCAACCACCUCCGCCAACUGCGCCGCGCCCCCCUGCGUUCCCGAGUCACCUCUCGCGAAGAAAGUAGACAUGGAAUAUCUCAAUGGACAGUCAGGAGCAUCGUCUCCAAUUGACUUCUUCUCCAGCCUGAACAGCGGCUACGAUGGCGACUGUGACGAAGAGGACUGCGACGAAGGGAUCGAUAUCAAGGAACCCGUCGAAUACAAACAACCCUCCGAGCAAGAGAUGGUCAAAGUACUGAGAUCUCUCAAGUCCAUCAAAGCGGAAAUGCGACGCCACACUUGUCUGCUUCGUCUUAUGGCCCGACAGAUGUAUCGCCGGGUUGGAUGGAAGCGUGUUCGAGUUGGCUCUCGAGUUCGCCGUCUCGCCAAACGAAUCAGUACUUGA